AUGGAGGCGGGGACCUUUCGCAUGGACCAGAUCUCGGACCUCGCCUCCGAGCUGCGCAAGGGCGACCACCUGUUCAAGGCGGACAUCCAGGACGCGUACUACCAUCUGCGCGUCCGGAAGGUCGACAAGAUGCGGCUCGCUUUCUACGUCGGAAGCCGCAUCUACGUUCCGCUGUGCCUGAACUGUGGCCUCGCCGUCGCGCCUUGGUUCUUCACCAAGGCGAUGAGUCCAGUGGUAGCGUGGCUGCGCCGCCUCGGCCACCGGGUCUUCGCGUACCUCGACGACUUUUUUGGCGCCGCAAAGCCCGGUCGACCCGACACCGCCACUGGCCAGAAGGAGACGGUCGAGCUCGGAAGAGUUAUGCCGCUACUCUUCGCGAAGCUCGGCCUGAACUUGCACCCGGGAAAGUGCUUCUUCAGCGGGUCAACGCGGCUCGAGCUCCUCGGUAUUCUCGUCGAUACCGAGGAGGAGCGGUUUCUUCUGUCCCCCAAGAAGCUGCAGCCCAUCGAGGCCGGGGCAGCGCGCCUCCUCCGAUACGCCUCGCGGCACCGCCGUUACGUCAAGCGCAAGGACGUGGAGCGCUUCGCCGGCCUAGCCAACGCAAGCUCGCCUGCAGUAGUCGACUGCAGGCUGCGCCUGCGGGAGCUGUUCACUGCCCUGUCACUGUCACCGGUCACACCACACUUGCCUCAAAAGCCUCAUACUUCGUCAGAAAUCAAAGUGUCACGCACGCGUGACGUCACGCGUGACGCGUGA